UUGUAAAGGACAACGCAGGAGAGGGAAAGAAGUCUUACAGGACAGAGCAGGCACAGGAUAAGCUUCUUGAUAAUACAUUAGAAGAAUCACAACUAUGGGGCCUCCUCCACGUAUGCCUCGGCCAUACGAGCUGGACCCGGACGUAAAGGCUACGCUUCGUGUCGAGUCAUUCCAGGGUGUAUUCAGUCCCAAGGUGUUUAUUGAAAAGCUAUCUAGUGGAAUCAUUACCACACGUAUUAAAGAAAACUCGAAUACAUUCGACCCAAAGCCUUUUAUUCGAACAUUUGAAAGCUCACUCGAGGAACUGGAAAAAUUAACCAGCAAGAUGCAGAAACAUACUAUUGAGCUGGAACGUGAAACACAGAAAGAAGAGCUGGUAUUCAAAAAGCAGGUCAAAGAACUUGGACUCGGAUUUGAGGAUGUUCAAGCUACUUUAGAAAGCCUAGAUUCUCGGAUUAGUGAAGUGGGAAGUACAGCUAUCAGGAUUGGUGAGAAACUGGAAACAGCAGAUAAGCAACGAGCAAGAGCGGUACUGUCGAAAAAGCUGAUGGAAUACUUUAUGCAGUUUAAUGAGGGUCGGUGUCCGACUCUGGAAUCUCUCAUGACACAACAGGGCUUGGAAGGACAGAUUGAGGCUGCUAGAAUUCUUCGACAACUGGCAAUUCUAGCCAAAGAAGUGGACCUCCCAGACACACAGCUGGCACGUGAAGGGAUUGAAAAGUUUAGGGAACAGUUUGAAACAGAUAUGCUUUCUUCAUUCGACAAGGCUUACAAGCACGCGGACCCUAGAGUUAUGGCGCAUUGUGCCAAGGCUUUGCUAGAAUUCAAUGGAGGGCAUUCAUGUGUUCAGAUAUAUGUCAAUCAACAUGAUUUUUUCAUGUUACACUCCAAAGUCAACGAAUCCUCUCCUUUGGAAAGUCCAGAUCAAGAAAAUAUCACGGACCCAGUGGCCCCUAUUCCACCAAUUGAUGCCGGACUGAUUAAGUUAUAUGAAGAUAUUCGUACUACAGUUGAACAGGAGGCUGAAAUCAUUUCUAUGGUUUUCCCUAACCCGGCUGCGGUCUUUCAAGUAUUCAUCCAGCGUGUUUUCGGUCAAUCUAUCCAACAAUUUAUUGAAACAUUGCUGGAGCGAGCACAGGCGAAAUCUACACUUGCAUACCUCCGUACACUUUCUUCCAUUCAUGAGCACACAGUAACGCUGGUUGAAGACUUAAAGAAGUGUGAAGAUACUCUCAAGGUUGGCAUUAAUGCCAAUGUCAAGGGUUCCAAUGUGUCCAUGACGACUCAACCACUUGCACAGACUUUAGACCGUUGUCUUGAUGAUCUCUUUGUCCCUUACCUCGAAGGGGACCGAUAUCUGGAGAAGGAACUACAGUCUCUCUGUGAGAUCUAUGAUUCGAUGUUGGCUAAAUUCACAGCUUAUCAGCUGCAACGCCGUGGCGGCAACAAGUUCAGGGCGAUCAUUACACGUACGUUCAAUCAAAUCAUUGAUUCAUCGAACAGUCGCCAGUCACUACCUCCGGUCGUGCAAGAGAAUUUUGCAACAGUAAAGAACCCUGAAAAGUAUCAGAACAUGCAGGUUACGGAGGACGAUGGAAAGCUUGUAGUCGAAGUAGUCAUCAAGAUGCUCAAGAUCCAUGCAGAAAGUGUUGUCAGGAGUGUGGGAUUGUUACCCGUCUCGGGAAGGCCAAAAAACACUGCAAUUUUAUUUCAACUUCUGAACGACUAUAUUGGGAUGCGUUACGUGGAUGCAGCGCUAGAUUCAGCUCUUGAUGACUUGUCCGCGGCAGAUCCAAAGUUGCCACCUGAUAUGAAACCUAUCAGACGUGUCAAACUUGUAGGUGGCAUUGUUCAUCUGCUCCAGAUGCACUUCCAAACCACUAUUCUGCCAUUGACUGUGCCUUCACCACAAGUAUAUCGCGAGACAGUCAUCCAAAAGAACAAGCUAAUGGGAAAUGUAGAAGCCAAGGCUAACGCAACAUUACAAAAGGAGAUCGAUGUGAUUCUAGUUUGGCUGGAAACAUGCUUGAGUCGUCAACGCCGUGUAGACUUUAAGCCGAAGGAUGAUGAAAUCGACCUGACAGGUCUAGCGACGAAACCGUGUAUGGACUGCUGCGAGUUCCUGAGACGCAUGUAUGAAGCGAUCCGCAAGAAUAUUGAUGGCAAAAACAUUGAGAUGUUCCUCAUGGAGGUUGGAAUAGCGUUUCACGGGAUGCUUUUGGAGCACUUCAAGAAGUUCUCGAUUAGUCCUGUUGGAGGAGUACUACUUACAAAAGAUAUUGCAAAAUACCAAGAGUCUAUAAAAGUAUGGAACAUCCCGUCGUUGAAUGAGCGGUUUGAGAUGCUUCGUCAACUAGGCAACGUCUUCUUGGUGAAGCCAGAAAUUUUACCUUCAGUGCUGAGUGAAGGCUACCUGGCUAAGGUAGACUUUAGGUCAUUGUACCCAUAUCUACAGAUGCGUGUUGACUUCAAGACCUCGAAGAUUGAUAAACUGUUUGAAAAACUGAACAUGACCACUGAAACCGGUCCAUCCAAUGGCGGAAGUACGGGAGGAACAGCCAGCAGGAUUGCUGCGUUAGAAGAUUUGACAGGCGCCAAGUUUUUGAGCUAUACCCUUCGCUGAAAAGAAUAAAUUUAUUAUUUU